AUGACUUUGGUGGUGGAUGAACAUAAGAUGAAUGAUAAAUUUCCUAUUGGAAUGAGAGUUCUUGCUGUUGAUGAUGACAGAACUUGUCUCAUGAUUUUGGAGAAACUUCUCCUAAAGUGUCAAUAUCACGUAACUACGGCUAAAAAUGCGAUAGACGCGCUGAAUUUGUUGAGAGAAAACAAAAAGAAUUUCGACUUAGUAAUCAGUAAUGUUCAUAUGCCAGACAUGGAUGGAUUUAAGCUUCUUGAGCUUAUUGGACUUGAGAUGGAUUUACCUGUCAUUAUGUUUUCUGCGAAUGAUGAUCCGAAGAUGGUGAUGAAAGGAAUUACUCAUGGUGCUUGUGAUUAUCUGCUGAAACCUGUUAGAUUGAAAGAGGUGCAAAUUAUUUGGCAGCAUGUGAUUCGGAAGAAGAAAGGUAAAAGAAGCAAUUCGGAUAGCGUAAAUGGAAUAGAUUCGGCUGUGACAGGAAGUUCGGAUCAAAAUGUGAAGCCAUAUAGAAAAAGAAAGGAUAAGAAUGAAAACGACGAUGAGGAAGAGAAUGAAGAUGAUGAUGACGACGAUGAGGAUCCAUCGGCGCAGAAGAAGCCUCGAGUUGUUUGGAAUGCUGACAUGCACCGCAUGUUUGUUUCGGCUGUUAAUCAAUUAGGCAUUGACAAGGCUGUGCCGAAAAAGAUUCUUGAUUUGAUGAAUGUUGAAAAGCUUACAAGGGAGAAUGUGGCCAGCCAUCUUCAGAAAUAUAGACUCUAUCUGAAAAAAGUCAGUUGUGGGGAAAACCAACAAGCUAAUAUGUCAGCAGCCUUAGGAAGUUCUGCAGAUACAUCCUUUUUCAGAAUGAAUUCUCUCAAUGGAGUUGGAGGACAUUUGCCAACAAUGAAUGGCGGCUCUACGCAGUUUCACAACAAUCCAUUCAGACCCUUUCAAUCGAGCGGCAUGAGUAACAACAGGCUGAACACACCUGCUAGUGUCAAUAUUCACGGAUCUUACCAACCGGCCAUAACUCGCGCCAAUCCAAACGAUAUUCAAAGAACUCCAAAUCCUCCUAUUGGGCUUGAUCAAUUGCAACACAAUAGAGGUAUUAACAUUAGUCCUAUUAUCAACAUAACCAAUAAAUUUUCAGAUUAUAGACCAAAAGUUCCAAUGAGUUGCACACCGUCUUCGGUUUUGGAUAUCUCAAACAAUCCAAUGAUGAUGGAAUCAAACUCUUUUUCAUUCCCUUCACUUGAGAAAAGAAGAUUCAAUGAUGUUUGGUCAAACACUAUGCAAUUACCUGGAGUUACUAAUAAUGUGCAAUUUCAAGGUUGGGAUAAUAACCAUAUUAAUAACAAUAAUCAUGAUGGAAAUUACCAUUCUAAUCAUGUGAUUGGUUCUUCUGUGAUUCCUACUGUUGAACAAGAAGAAAACUUGGGCUACAAUUAUUGUGAUUCGUUACAAAUGAAUGAUAGUCGUGUCGCGGAUUUAUCUGAAGGGCCGUCGAUGAAAGCACAUCAUGUAUAUAUGAUGAACCAGAUGAAGUCACAAAACAAUGGAAUCUCUAAGAAUAUUGGUUCACUCGAAGACGUCGUCAAUGACAUGGUUAAACAGAAACAAUUAUAUGCUAAGUUCUCUGGUGGGACAUCAAUGUGA